GAUGAUUCCAUUAUUUAUUGUUUUGCUUUUUAUUUUGUCGCAUCAUAAUUGAUUUUUUUUUUGGGGGGGGGUUAAAUGCUUGUGGAUUGAGAGUAGUUUGCUUUUAGCCACAUGAAACGAUUGGAAAUGCAAAGUUUAUUGUGCUUAUUUAUUUGUGUUUCAGUGUUGCCAGCCUCGCGGUGCGCCCACAGCAGAUUUGCCCGGAAGCUCCUCAGUGACCUGUUUGACAACUACACGAGUGCGCUGAGGCCGGCGGAGGACACCGACGCCAUCCUCAACGUCACCCUGCAGGUCACGCUCUCGCAAAUCAUCGACAUGGAUGAGCGAAACCAAAUUCUGACGGCCUAUCUUUGGAUCCGACAAGUGUGGCUUGACGCGCAUCUCAAAUGGAGUAAGGAUGACUACGAUGGCCUCGAUACCAUCCGUAUACCUAGCAGUUAUGUAUGGAGACCCGAUAUAGUCCUAUAUAACAAUGCCGAUGACCACUUCACUGGCCCCAUGGACACCAACGUGGUGAUCCGCCACGACGGCCAAAUCAUGUGGGACUCGCCGGCGAUCACCAAGAGCUCCUGCAAGGUGGACGUGUCCUUCUUCCCCUUUGAUGCACAGCAGUGCCGGUUUACUUACGGCUCGUGGACCUACAACGGCAACCAGCUGGACAUCCUUAAUGCCAUGGAGAGCGCUGACCUGGCUGACCUGGUGGACAACGUGGAGUGGGAAGUCCUGGGCAUGCCGGCCAAAAGAAACGUCAUCUUGUACGGGUGCUGCGCCGACCCUUACCCCGACAUCACCUACACCCUGAAACUCAAGAGGAGGGCGUCCUUCUACGUCUACAACCUGCUGAUACCGUGCGUGAUGAUCUCGUUUCUGGCUCCGCUGGGUUUCUACCUGCCUGCCGACUCUGGAGAAAAGGUGUCCUUGGGUGUCACCGUGAUGCUGGCGUUGACUGUCUUUCAGCUGCUAGUUGCGGAGAUCAUGCCCCCGUCGGAGAAUGUACCGCUCAUCGGAAAGUACUACAUCGCCACCAUGACCAUGAUCACCGCCUCCACUGCGUUAACCAUCUUCAUCAUGAACAUUCACCACUGCGGACCGGACGCCAAGCCUGUCCCCAAGUGGGCCAAGAAGGUCAUCCUGCAGCACAUGGCCAGAAUGUGCUUUGUUUACGAGGUCGGAGAAAACUGCAUGUCUCCGCAGUCGGAGAAGCGGGAACCUCCACUGCCGAAGAACCAUGACGUGAACGGCCUGGCGGGGGCCUGUGGGGAGGAUCGGACCUUCGGGAUGGAAACAGUUCGCCCCAUGACCGCAGACGGGAGUGAUGACUUGGCGGAGUCGAUGGGGAUGAAUCCUGCCAAUUGCUACAACUCCUGGAAGAACCACACCUGCGCCAGCGCAGACUACGAAAACUCAAGGGGUCCAAGGAAAUACCGAAAAGGAGGCGUGAGCAACGGGGAGGGGUUCCACCGUGCACGUUGCGACGAGAGGUCUCUGCUGGUGCCGAGCGUGGAGUACAUCGCCAACUGCUACAGGGAGCAGAAGGCCACUCAGAAGAGAACCGGCGAGUGGAAGAAAGUGGCUAAGGUUCUGGAUCGCUUCUUCAUGUGGUUGUUCUUCAUCAUGGUCUUCUUCAUGAGUCUUCUCAUCCUGGGCAAAGCCAUUUAG